AUGGCUCUCAAAACCUCUCUCGGCUUCCUCGUCCUCUCUCUGGCAUGCGCAUCAACUCAUGCUCAGUUGACUUCAAUGUUCAUCCCGAACACUGACCCAGGCCUCACAUAUACCCUGUCGGUAGUGGGUUCCCAGGCCGACGUCACCACUUAUUCGCUCUCCGCCCCCCAGAUCGCUCUGGCGACCCUCAUCGUCUCCCCCACCCAGGUCGUCGAGAUAUUGGGGACUGUCGAAAGGGGGAUCAUAUUCGACUGCCCGCUCGGGGACGACCCUGUCGUCUGCGAUAAGAUUACCGGUGGGGAAGCGAGUGGGAUCCACGAGGCCUUUACGGCCGCCUUUACGCAGGUACCCGUGCAGAUCGUGCAAGAGGGCGGAAGCCCUGACAGCUCUUCCACCGCUCCUCCCGCCACAUCCACAGACCCGCUCACCACAUCCACCGACCCUACUACCUCCGAAUCCACUGGGACCGGGCCUGUCAGUUCUACUACAUCGAAGUCGAGCGGGAGCACGAGUCAAUCGCAGUCCUCCUCUGCGAGUACUCCCACGAAAACUUCGAGCGGCUCGGAGAGGGCGAUGGUCAAGGGCACAUCUGUUCUCGGGAGCGUGCUUGUAGGCCUGGGUAUGGUCUUCGGUAUCGCCGCCUAA